GUCAUCGUGUUUAUUCUGUACUGUAUUCUGUCAAUAGUGUCAAUGUCGAAUAGCAGGAAAUUUUGUUGAAGAAAAAAUAAGAAAAAGGCCGUUUUAAAGAUGUCGGAAUCGAAGCAAAGUAGACAAUUUGUGAAAAAAGAAUCUUCUACCGAAGAAGAAGAUUAUGAGGACACAAUGAACAAACCACAUGCCGUACCCAUAGUGGUUGCAGAUGUAGAUCAUUCAUUCAAAUUGGAUGAGGAAGCUCUUAGAAAGGUUUUGAUGAGAGACGAGUUGAAGGAUCGCUAUGUUGUAGUAAUAUCCGUAGCUGGUGCUUUUCGCCAUGGAAAAUCAUUUCUGCUCGACUUCUUUUUAAGAUACAUGAGCGCUAAGUAUAUUCUGAAACAAAAUACGUCAGAGUGGAUUGGAUCAGAAGAUGCUCCUUUGGAAGGAUUUUCUUGGAAAGGGGGAUCUGAGAGAGAUACUACUGGUAUUCUUAUGUGGUCAGAAGUGUUUGUAACUGAACUUAUCACUGGUGAAAAGGUUGCAGUGAUACUGCUGGACACCCAAGGAACCUGGGACAGCAAAAGUACGGUGAAAGAAUGUGCCACAAUUUUUGCUCUCAGCACAAUGUUGAGCUCAGUACAAAUUUACAAUUUGUCAAGUAAUAUACAAGAAGACGAUUUACAGCAUUUACAG